AUGUUGCCUCGCAGCCUCUUGCUUUGCUUUGUUUCUGUUGCGUUUGCCGCAGACGCUUCUGUGAAAAACGCAGACUUGCCCUUGUCUGACUUGCGCAAACUCAGCCAGGAAGAUCUUGUGGAGUUGGAUGAGUUCCUUUCGAGAGUCCAGCAGGUUUUGCACCCAAAGGACACGAUGGUGGAUAAGUUGGGCGCAGCACAGGCACCAUUUGCCCGUCUCGUUGCCAAGUUGGGAGCCGUGCCGCCUGUGCACCGGUUAUCUCGCAAAAUCAAGGGCGACGAGUUUUCUGCUGGAGAAGUGUCUGCCCAGGCUGAUUCGCCCGAGGAUCUUGCCCAGCAGCGCCAGACGUACCUGUCAAUGAGACUGAUUUUGGAUGUGCUUUUUGGUAUGGAGGAUGGAGUUGAUUCCGACGCAGAUUCCGACGACUCCGACUCCGACGACAAUGCAGACUCCGACGCCGAGUUGUCCGAUGCCGACGCUGCAGAAGACGAUGUGGACGACGAUGCAGAUGCUGACGGCGACUUGUCAGACGACGACCUCGACGACUACGACUGGUUUUACCGGAUUUUUGGAACCACAAAGGAUGGGAAGGGUGCCCGCGCUGCAGUGGACGAAGCGACACCAAAGGUCGGCAGCCUUGAGCUCCAGGCACAAGCCCAAAGAUACAGCAACUUCACCGAGACUAUCAGCACUCUGACACCCGAAGCCGCUGAGCCUACCGAGGUUCCUACUUCUGAGGAAUCCGCUGUCCCUGUUGGAACCGAAGAAGACGUCCCUGCGGAACUGUCUUUGGAGGAUGUUCCCGCUGCAUCGGAAGAGUCUUUUACUGAACCUCACGGAUCUGGGUCUUCUGCCGAACAGCCAGAGCUGGUUUCGUCCAACACGCCCAUUGUUGACUUGCGUGGCCCAUACGGCAACUGGAGCAACUGUAACGGCACCACGUCGGCCGGAUCCAGACGCUGGUCGGUGUCUUGGGCCGUAGCUGCGGCUGCACUCUUUGGAAUGAUUUCGGCAUAG